UAGGUUAAGUGGAUCUCGUUCUUCUGGUAGAAUUAAGGUAAAUUUCUGCAAGGAUACCUAUCACACUGUAUUAUUAUUAUUGUUGGGGGGGGGGGGGGGGGGUGUGGAGGGGAUAAUUCUGGUCACUUUUAUUUGAACAUUUAUAAAUAGUUGCAUUUUAUUUAGAACAUGCAAAAAUAACCAAAAUUGUACACAUACAACAAAAAUAAUACAAAGUGGCUAUUCGCACCUCUCACUUCUGGUACCCGGGUACAAAUAGCCGCAGCCAGAGUAAUAAGUUGAAAACUUUAAUGAUAUUCAAUUGUUUUAUAUUUUGUGUGUGCGCCUUCUUAGAUGUUGGUUAUUCUUUUUAAUUGACUAGACAUGAUUCUGUGAUAAUAAAUCAAGCUACUUAAUCCACCAUGCCAGACAUUAACCAAGUUAUUGGGAUUUUACAUUUCAGAACAUGAAAUCAGAAGGGCAUAUGAAGAAACAUGCUGUUUUGGUAAGAUUAUUAAAAACAUAAAAUCCAUCAUUAAUUUAUAGUUAUUUAUUGUAGUAGUGUUAUUGCUCAUAGUAGCUACAACAACCAAAGGGUUUUUGUUUGCCUUGCAACAUGAUGAUUAAAUGUAUCGGAUUCAGGCUUUCGCAGCUUUCAUCAUAAUGUAAUUUAUCUGUAUUUCAACAGGUGGACUCUGCCUAUGAUGCAGAUGAAGAAUUCAGUACACCAAAUUCCAGUCCAAGUCAAAUUGUUGCAAGUGACCCAUAUGACAUCAAUAUGGAUGAAGAUGUGCCCUUUAUUAAAGCAAAGAAACAGGAUAAGAAAAAAAUUGCCCCCCAAAAGGUUAAAAAAAGCACAGGGGUCCAACAAUUGAAACAAGUCAACAAGAAAAAACAGUUAAAAACGAAUUCCACCAGCACGCCUGUUCUUCUGAACAGCAGUGACACUGAAGUAUUGAAAACUAAACAAACAAAGCUGAAAUCUCCCUCGGGAACUCCCGAAGUCACACCCAUUUUGCCCGUCAAAACUUUUGAAAGCGCAACGGCAUCGGAUGACAGCUUUAUAACACCCCAGAUCAGGAGAUCUACACGUAAACGUGGUUGUGACCUCAAUCAAAUGACUGAUAUUACUGUGCAGCUAAAUUAUAGUUCCCAGGCAGACUCUGGGAUCGCUUUGUCUCCACCUAGCAAGAAAAUAUGCACUGAAAUGCCUGCGAAGAGCUUAGCGGAUAAAAAUUUGAAUCAAGAAAAUCAUACAAAUAAAAAAAUUACACACAUUAUAAAUGCAAAUACAGGAGAAAAAAGGCGUUGCUCUGCAUUUGGUCUUCAGUUUAUGAACAGACGAAAUAUAUUCAGUCCCAAUUCCAAAAAAAACACUGCAGUUUUGCAAGAUUUUGGUGAAGUUUCAAAAGAUGUGAAUGACUCUUGUUUUGGUUUUGAUUCAUUGGGGUCACCUCAAGUUUCACCACCUCAGACUUCAUCACCUCAAGCUUCACCACCUCAGACUUCACCAUCUCAAGCUUCACCUCGUCAAAAUAAACCAAAAGAAAAGAAAAAGGUCAAGAAAAUGUCACGAUCAAAAAGUUUAUAUCGUUCAGUACAAAAUAAUCUGUCAGAUUCCUCACCAAGUUCUGUUUCCAAGGACAUCAGAUCAAAGAAAACUGAAAACUCACAGGAAAAUAUGCCAAUGGUAUCAUUGGUAACUCCAAGUCUUUUCUCUGAUGAAAUCUUCUCAGCUGACUCAGGUAGGUUACAAUUUAAUUCGAGUGUAGCGUACAAUAAUUUCCCUUAA